UAUGAUGAUUCUGGUGGCAUCAACUGUAUUGGAAAUGAUUUGAAGAAUGAUUUUCAAAAAUCCGCCAAUUAUCAUACUUCCGCCCUUCAUCAGCUGGCGGAGUUGGCGGAGAUCAAACAGUUACAGGAGGACAUGAUGGAGGUAGGUGGACACACCCCCACCGGUAGCCCGACUACCACGCCUCCUCCGAUGUGCCUGGACCAAGAUAAUGCCCGCCCUCGCCUUUUUAACCCUGUAUACCCGGGCUCCAAUCAUUCUUAUUCCCACCCCCGGCCCCGCCCACUGGAGGCAACCCAGGUUCAAAGUGCCACUACGCCCAAGAUGAGACUUAAAUGCCGAAGUGCCACGCCCCCUACAAUAGGAAUACCUUCUGCACAAAAUUAUUUAAAU